CCUAUAUAGACGGCACCAUCAUUGCUGCGGUGACUUGCACGAUCGCGGCUUGUUGGACGCCAGAUAUCAGUGCAAGACUGGCUGCCAGGCAUGGUUGCUGAACAGGAUAGAGAAACUAGAACGGGAACGCAUAUGGCUCCUAAAUUUAUUUGGCUCUGACGCGCUUUGUCUAUGUGGUCCGACACGUCUAGGCCGUCGUUGAUGGCAAGGAUUGCGAAGACAACUAACCCUGUUGUCCAUGUUCUCAUAUGGUUUGCGUUGGUUUGCGUGUGCACUGGUCAACCACAGCCUUUUAGUUAUCCGACUCCGAGCCCACCGGGAGCCGGGGUAAAUGCUUCAGACUAUGACUACGAAACUUUGGUGGACUUGUUGACACAAAGUAAUGAUGAUCGACUGCCUCUUGUGAACUACACUCGAGACCUCCUCUCCCAAAACUUGAGCGUCUUCGGCCAAGCUGUACGCAUAAGGAACAACAUCUUCUUAUCUCAUCGCUGCCAGGUGUUAUACCUCGGCAACCCCAACUGGGCCAACCUGAAGGUGGACGUGAACUUUGUGGGCGGCAAUUGCACCGGCACUCAGCGCCCUCAGGCCUUCUUCGCCUACAUUGAUGGCUACAACGCCCCCUCCUCCCUCAGCGCUGUCACGCUAUCCUCCAGUAAGGCUCCAUGGGCUGCGGUUGUUGCGCAACACGCCACCAACACCGCUACUACCAACAGCAGCAGCUCGGCGGGCCGGAGGUCCGUCCUGUCGCCUCAUGCCAGGGAAGCUGGGGGAAAGGAAGAAGACAUAGAGCUCCAGCAGCAGCAGAAAGAGGAGGUGGGAGAGGAGGAGGAGCAGGGUUUGGAGGAGGAAUCGGUGGUCGGCGGACUGUGGAGCAGCAUCAAACGGCGGUUGGUGUCGGUUAGCAGUUUGAGCACUGGCGGGCUAAGCUUUAAAAGCGCGUACGACGGCGUUCGCGGUCAGGCCCUGGCCACUCAGGAGCUUCUGAAUCGCGGAGAAAAGUUCGUACCAGGUCCGGAAGGUCCCCUUGCCGUACCUGCCCUAGUCAGCCCCCGUACAGGCGGCUCCGUCGCCUCCCACAGCCGUUACACGGAGGGAGCCAUGCUGAAUCAGUUGGAGGAAGGGGGCACCUCGGAUACCAACAUGAAGUCCCUGAAAGACUCCACCAACGUCUACUGGGCACCUGAAGUGGACUGCCUCUCUGUGAUGGGCCUUUCGGGCGGCGUCAAACGCCGCACAAGCGGCAGUAGCGGCAGCAGCAGCAAGCCGCAACAGAGCACGAACAGCAAAUCCUCUUGCUUCGUCACGCAAACAGUGUUGUACAUCUAUAAUCCAUGCGCGCCGGAUCCAUCAGAUGAUUCAUCAACGUCAUCCGGCACCGACAACACCUCUGGUGGGGGCCAUUACUACGAUUAUAACGACCCACCAAGUGGCCUUUCAGGCGCGCCUAGUCCGCCAAAAUCCCCAUUCUCCUCUAGCCCGCCAAGUCCUGCUUCCAAUGCUGCAAACAGUAGCAGCAGCGGCGGCGGUAGCAGCAGUGGUGUCAGUCGUCGAUUGCUUGAUGAGGGCACAGCAACCGGCGACAGCGGCAACAGCACUGAGGAAAGCCCCUCCAGCAAUGGCAGCAUUUUCACGACUGAGGAGGAGGUGGAUUGGGCUUUGCAGGGCGCGCUGGACGUGCAGGGGUGGCUGAUGUCGUGGGAUGCGCCCGAGGGCUAUGUGGAGGUCACGGUGAAAUACACGCCGUACACAAAGUGCUUCAGAAAGGGCGUGGAUACCCUAGCAGACGUGUCACUUCAGGUGAUGAUAUUCUCCGCCCUUGUGUUCGGUUGGCUGCUGCUCCUGCUCCUGCUGCCCACCCUGUAUCGACUGGUGCUGGAGUUCCCAUUUAACAUCGUACGACAUGGCGUGCGCACCCUGCUCGGCCGCCACGACACCCUCAAACCCCUGGCGCCCGGCCUCAG